AUGGUAAAAAUCACCCCUAGAAACAAAUGGCUGCAAAGGUAUAGGAUGUUCUUCAUCUUCGGAAUAGUUAUUCUAUCAUGUCAAGUAUACCUAGCAGGAAGGUUCAUCUCUCAAAAUUGGGCCAGUAGAUCUCAAGCUAACAAUUGGCUUCCUGUUAGUUCUGAUGAAAUAGAAAAAUAUGAGGAAUCAAAUUCAGCAAGAAGACACAUCAAGCUAGAUAGUGAUGAUGAAAACAGUGUAGAUGUUCAGAAGAUGAAGAGCAAGAACCAAAAAGUCAACUAUACUCAUUCAUUGAGAUAUGAAGAAAUACAUUUUGACCUACCAUGUCAAAUUACCACAAAAGAAGCUAUUUCUGCAAUAAAUCGGGCUAAGACUCAAUACUGCAAACAACUCAUAUCAAACAUUACGUGCCUUUCUCUUGAAAAUAGACUUUACCCUGAAGAACUUGUGGGGGGAUGUCCUUCAGAAGGAUAUUCCACAGGUAAAGAAUUAGGAUGCUUCAAAGAUGAAAAAAAGUUCAGGUUACUCAGUGGAUAUUUUGGUAUUAAUAAGAAUGGAAAUUCUCCAAAAUAUUGUAUGAAAUUGUGCCUACAAUCAGGUUUUCCUUAUGCUGGUGUACAAUAUGGUUAUGAAUGUUUUUGUGGAACAGAUGAACCACCUCUAAGUUCCAAGAUCCCUGAUUCAUCCUGUAAUUUAAAAUGCCCUGAAAAUCAACAUGAAACUUGUGGUGGAUAUUACACAAUGAAUAUUUACCAAACUGGAAUUAAAAAAUUCACAGCUCAAAUUGCCAAUGUUGAGGAUUCUCAAGGAGGAAGAAAUCCAGUGAAAAUUGUGUUUCUUUUAACACUUACUGGAAGAGCUGUUAGACAAGUUAGAAGGCUACUGAAAAUUCUGUAUCAUAGGAACCACUAUUAUUAUAUUCACAUUGAUAUUAGACAAGACUACCUUUUCCGAGAACUUCUGCCACUGGAAAAACUACCAAACGUCCGUCUAACUCGAAAGAGGUUCGCGACCAUUUGGGGUGGUGCUUCGCUGCUCGAAAUGCUCAGAUCAUGCAUGUGGGAGCUGCUCAACAAGGAAGACUGGAAAUGGGAUUUCGUCAUCAACCUCAGUGAAUCCGAUUUCCCUGUCAAGCCUGUCUCUGAGCUGACCCGGUUCUUGACGGCGAAUAGAAAUCGAAAUUUCGUCAAGUCCCAUGGAAGGGAAGUGCAGAGGUUCAUCCAGAAACAAGGUCUCGACAAGACGUUCGUGGAAUGCGAGACGAGGAUGUGGAGAAUCGGGGACCGAGUUUUGCCGGCAGGUAUCCAGCUGGACGGAGGCAGCGAUUGGGUGGCACUUUCAAGGCCAUUCGUGGAAUACGUAGCACCGCCCGAUCCUGACCAUUUGGUUGCCGGUUUAUUGAAGAUAUUCAGACACACCUUGCUGCCGGCCGAAUCGUUUUUCCACACGGCGCUGAGAAACUCGCAGUUCUGCGCCACCUACGUGGACAACAACUUGCACGUGACCAACUGGAAGCGGAAACUGGGCUGCAAGUGCCAGUACAAGCACGUGGUGGACUGGUGCGGCUGCAGCCCCAACGACUUCAAGGUCGAAGACUGGCCGCGUAUACAGAACACGCAGGCCAGACAGCUUUAUUUUGCCAGGAAGUUCGAGCCAGUGGUGAACCAGGCGGUGAUAUUGCGGCUGGAGUUGUGGCUGUACGGGUUGGAGCAGCCUCCUAGGGCAGUCGAGAAUUUGCGAAGUUACUGGCAGAGCGUCUACCAUCACCACGACCCAAGGACAACCUCCGACGACGCUUUUCUCACCCUCGGCGAGAGUAUAAAACGCCGAGUAAACAACUCCUUCCUCCGAACAAACUCGUCCUGCCUACUGAAAUUGGGCGACCUACUGGAAGUCCACUCAUACCAUUCCAACGACACCUACGAAUCCACCCUGUUCGCAUUCAAGUCUUCGGAGGGGCACAAAAUCGAGGUGGCAUUGAGGCCUGUGUCGCACUUGAGCGUCACGAGGAAUUCCCCUUUGAUGGGCCAUCUGGAGCUGUUGCAGGUCAGCAGCGACUACGAUCAGAAGGAGCAGAUGUCGAGAAACUUUCUGAGGUUGUUGUCGCCGUACUCCGAGCCGGUGCUCGUCUACGAUUUCUUCUCGACGGGCGGUUCGAAGGUGUACAACAUGACGUGCCUUUGGGUGGGCCCGGAUGGGCGGUUGCAUGACGCGGUGGAGUUCUCGAUUGAGGAGAGCUCGUUGGUCGGGCAUGUCAAGCCCAGUUUGAAGCAUCCCAUAUUGCCGGGAAUAUGGCACAUCAAGUUGAUCUACAAAGAUUCUCUUCUUGCCUCAGCGAAAUUUCUGGUACUGCCAUUGGAAUAUCAUCUCGGCAAUACCAUAAAAGACCAUCAAGUUCCCCUAGUCAACGGGGGCUCGAAGACCCCGAAAGACUUCAAGGGGACAUACAAAAAGUUCCUUCCGACAGACGCUGAGCUCGAUAACCUCGAAACCUCAAGUUCAAUACAAGACAGAAACCGUUUGAGGGAAUGGAUUGACGAGCUUUCUUCUAUUUUUUAUAAAGUCAGCGAUAUGUGUGCGGUGUCGUUGAACUCCGUUGACGUUUGCGGCACGAUAUUGAGUUCUUGUGUGGCGAGUAAUUGGAGUUCGUAUGCCCCGGACCCGAAAAGUGCCAUGGGAGUCUUAAACGAGACCACAGGAACGUUCAACAUUUGGUAGGCCCUUUUUGUUGUUGA